CAUGGUUUUUUUUUUUUUUAUAUAUAGUAUAAAGAGAUAUGUGCAAAUGCUUUUCAGGCGUUAGAAGUGGACGAAGUUUAAAGUCUUUCUUCCUUUAAGUCUUUAUUGCUGUUUUGAUGUUAGGUGGAGAGGUAAGUACCGGUUGCAAAGAGGGAAGCACUUCCUAUGAUGAAUGUGGGCAAAGGUGCACCUGUGUUGGAGGCCAAUUGGUUAACUGUGUUCGAAUUAGAAAGGAAUUCACAUCAUUGACAGAUACCGAGCGAAAACGUCACAUAGAUACUAUAUUAAAAGUAUCUGCAAAAGGUGGUAAAUAUAGGGCAGAAUAUGAACAGCUCAUAAAUCAGCACUAUAGGCUGUUCAGUACAGAAAUUCAUCAAAAGAAAUACUUUCUCCCCUGGCAUCGUUAUUACAUACUGCAAUACGAGAACCUUAUGCGAAAAGCCGAUUGCACUUUUACAGCGACCUACUGGGACUGGAGUCUAGAUUCCAGGGAACCAUUUAGCACAGGUCCAGAUAACGUUUGGAACAAAGACACCGGGUUUGGAGGAAAUGGCGUAGAUACUGAUCAAAACUGCGUGCUGGACGGUCCCUUUAGAAAGGACGCCUGGAGCCGAGUGAGACCAGAUAACGCGCGCCGUGGGCCAGACUGCCUAAUGCGGAAUUUCAAUGGAAUUCCUCCAGAAGAGAUAGAUGUGAUAAGGGCCUUGAGCAUGGGUGAAUUCACUGAGUUUGAACGGACUCUGAGAGAACCGCUGCAUGACAACGUACACUGUCAAAUCGGGGCCACCAUGUGCACAUCAGAAGCCGCUUCCGCUCCAGAGUUUUUUCUUCAUCACAGUUUCAUCGAUAAGAUCUGGGACGAUUGGCAAAAGAAAAGCCUGGCCCACAAGAACGCAUACUUUCCGACGGUUCGAGAAGACAUGCCAGAAACACAGCUGAGACCUGCUGAACUGAUUGAUCUUUCCAACCAACCAGGAGGUGUAAGCAUUGAGUACGAGCCUUUCCAGCCAGAAGAAGAGAUAAGGAAAAAAGUUGCAGGUAAGAAACCGUUCAUGCAUCCAGCACUUUAUAUUAGAGACACAUUCCAGUGGGCGAAUAUUCCAACAACUUACUUCAUUCUUCUUUUCCCUCCUUUCCUUUUCUUUAUUUCUUUUCUUUUUCUUUUUUUUAUAUUUUUCAUUUUUUCU